AUGGUGAAGGAUUCAGCUGAGCUUAGGAUCGCGAUUGAAGAAGUUCAGCCGGAGAAGGUUAAAUUUCAGCUUAGAUUGGGACAAAGUAAGCCCAUCUAUAAUGCAUUCAAAUCUAUUCAAGAUUCUCCAUUUUGGUCAAACCUUACUGAACCUCGUAAACGCAUUGUAGAAGCUCAGAUUAAAGAAGCUGUUCUCAAUGGUGUUGCUCUUGAGGAUGAAAAACGAGAGAAAUUUAAUGAAAUUGAGCAGGAACUUGAAAAGUUAUCUCAAAAGUUUAGUGAAAAUGUGUUGGAUGCUACCAAGAAAUUUGAAAAGCUAAUUACAGAUAAGAAAGAAAUUGAAGGUCUCCCUCCUUCCGCUCUUGGCCUAGCUGCACAAACAGCUGCUUCCAAGGGUCAUGAAAAUGCUUCUGCCGAAGACGGGCCUUGGGUAAUCACAUUAGAUGCUCCCAGCUUUACUCCAGUAAUGCAGCAUGUAAAAAACCGGUCAUUGCGUGAAGAAGUUUAUCGUGCUUAUGUUACCCGUGCAUCUAGUGGAGACAUUGAUAACUCUCCUAUUGUUGCUAAAAUUUUGGAGCUGAGGUUGGAGAAAGCUAAGCUUCUUGGCUAUAAUAACUAUGCUGAGGUAAGCAUGGCAAUGAAAAUGGCUACAAUUAGGUCAGCAGAAGAGCUUCUUGAAAAAGUGCGAAGUGCUUCUUGGGAUCCUGCAGUACAAGAUAUGGAAGAACUAAAAGUAUUUGCUAGAGAAAAGGGUGCUGCGGAAGCUGAUAACUUGACCCACUGGGACAUUAGUUUCUGGAGUGAAAGACUUCGGGAGGCCAAGUACAACAUCAAUGAGGAGGAAUUGCGCCCAUACUUUUCAUUGCCUAAGGUCAUGGAUGGCCUUUUUAGCCUUGCAAAUGCGCUUUUUGAUAUAAAUAUUGAACCAGCAGAUGGUUUGGCUCCGGUCUGGAAUCCUGAUGUUAGAUUUUAUUGUGUCAAAGAUUCUUCAGGCAAUCCAAUAGCCUACUUCUACUUUGAUCCUUAUUCAAGGCCUUCUGAAAAGCGCGGUGGAGCAUGGAUGGAUGAAGUUUUUGCUCGCAGCCGAGUACUUGCACGUGAUGGUUCCCCUGUUAGGUUGCCUGUUGCACACAUGGUCUGCAAUCAAACACCACCACUUGGUGGAAAACCAAGUCUCAUGACCUUCCGUGAGGUUGAGACUGUGUUCCAUGAAUUUGGUCAUGCACUUCAGCAUAUGCUUACCAAACAAGACGAGGGAUUAGUAGCUGGAAUUCGGGGGAUUGAGUGGGAUGCUGUUGAAUUACCAUCUCAAUUCAUGGAAAAUUGGUGUUACCAUAGGGAUACUCUAAUGAGCAUUGCAAAACAUUAUGAGACUGGUGAAUCUCUUCCUGAAGAAGUAUAUUUGAAGCUUCUUGCUGCAAGAACAUUUCGUGCUGGUUCUAUGAAUCUUCGUCAGAUUCGGUUUGCUAGCUUAGAUUUGGAACUUCAUACAAAGUAUACUCCUGAUGGACCAGAAUCUAUAUAUGAUAUUGAUCAAAGAGUGGGGAACCGUACACAAGUUAUUCCUCCACUACCAGAGGAUAGAUUUCUCUGUAGCUUCAGCCAUAUAUUUGCAGGUGGAUAUGCUGCUGGAUACUAUAGUUAUAAGUGGGCAGAGGUUUUAUCAGCUGAUGCUUUCUCAGCAUUUGAGGAUGCUGGAUUAGACAGUGAUAAGGCUAUUAAGGAAACUGGUCAGAGGUUUAGAGAAACGGUUCUUGCUCUUGGAGGUGGAAAAGCACCGCUUCAGAGGCAUCUUGAACUUCUUACAUGGAGCAUUCAUAAAGGUCAUAUGAAAGUGGGGUGUUCCCCUGAUGGCUUCUCCGAUCAGUUUGUACACUCGAUCGUAGCUAGAAGCUCCUACGAUAGAAGAGGGAACUGGAAAGGCACGGUGAUGGAGGAGAGUCUAGAGACCCUAGUACGAUCUCCUUAG